AUGUUCAUGAGGGAGGCACUUGUGGAAGCAAAGAAAGCUGCUGAAAAGUGGGAAGUGCCAGUUGGAGCAGUACUGGUGCAACAUGGGAAGAUUAUUGCUCGUGGAUUCAACCUAGUGGAACAGUUGAGGGACUCUACAGCCCAUGCUGAAAUGAUAUGUAUAAAGGAGGCCUCGAAUGUUCUUCGGUCAUGGAGACUUGCGGAGACAACAUUAUACGUGACAUUGGAGCCUUGUCCCAUGUGUGCUGGGGCAAUUCUUCAAGCUCGAGUUGACACUCUUGUUUGGGGAGCUCCCAACAAGCUUCUUGGAGCUGAUGGCAGCUGGGUCAGGCUUUUCCCAAUUGGUGAAGGGGCGACUGCAUCUGGAGGCACGGACAAGCCGGCUCCUCCUGUACACCCGUUUCAUCCAAAAUGA